AUUUGGAACGUCAUCAGGGUACCGGAGAAAAAACCCGCCCUCCGCCCCUGUUGCAUGGUGCAGAUCAAGGGCCACGGCAUGGUGAUGAAGCUGAAAUGGUGUGCGAAACCCUGCAACACGCCCGAAAAAGAUAUUGACGCUAUCGGCUACCUGGCAGUGGCCACGGCCAGCGGAAAGGUGUUGAUCUACCGGCUGGCGGACGGGGGCGGUGAUUUGAUUGCGGCGGUCAACGCUGCAGGCGCAAUCGUCUUCUGGGAGUUGUCGAAGAAGGAGUACGUGACGGAUGAGGGGCUACUCGGCGCUGAGAUGAUAGCCGAUACAUGGAGCUCGCCGGCUGUUGACGCGUGUUGGAAUAGUGAUCGGACGCUCGCCGUCUCGUUCCGCGAGCGCACGAUCCGGCUUUUGGACACAAAAAGUGGAGAUUGCCUGCUGGAAGAAACUACGGUCCGAACUGCCGGCGCGAAAGCUGCAACCCAGCUCCGUCUGUUCCCCGGUGUCUUCAUUUUCCAGGCCGAGCCCUUCGCCACGAACGAUUCAACGUUCGCCGGUGUCUGUUAUCUGGUGCCCGACCAAAAGAAUGAUGGAUAUUUCGUUGUGCCGCUCAGCAAUCGACAUGAACUCCAAAUUUUUGAUGUGGCUGCCUGUGCGACGAAUGGGCUUCUGGUUUCCUGUGGCGUUGAUGGCGCGCUUCUCGUUUCAACAAAUGGUCGAUUGGCCCCCGCAUAUGCAAUGAUGGACUUUACCUUCUCUGCCCAACGGAAGGCGCUACAAUUGACGAGG